CAGCCAACGCCGGGUCGGAGAGAUGGGGCGUCCCCAAAUGCCAACGCCCCCCCGGAGGGGCCCUUCCCCUGGGUGGGCCCGAAGACGCUGGUGCUGCGGAAGAGCUCACAGGGGGGGUUCGGCUUCACCCUCCGCCACUUCAUCGUCUACCCCCCGGAGUCGGCGGUGCAUUGCACCACCAAGGAGGAGGAGAACGGGAACCGAGCAGCAGGUCCCCCCCGGAGCCGCCUGGAGCCCAUGGACACCAUCUUUGUGAAGAACGUGCGGGAGGACGGGCCGGCACACCAGGCUGGGCUGCGCACCGGGGACCGGCUGGUCAAGGUGAACGGGGAGAGCAUCAUCGGGAAAACCUACUCGCAGGUCAUCGCGCUGAUCCAGAACAGUGAUGAUGUGCUGGAGCUCUCCAUCAUGCCCAAGGACGAGGACAUCCUCCAGCUGCCUCUGGGCACAGCCAGCACCCGCACCGAGGCGGGUGGCAGCCCCGCUCAUCGCCCCGACGAGCCGCAACCUGGGGGUCCCCCCCUGCGCCCCCCCGCACCCCACGGACACCCCGGCUCCUUCUCCCGCUCCGGCUGCCCCAGCAACGUGGCAUCCUCUCUGCCCGACCGCUACGGGGUGUCCCCCGCCACCUCCUCCUGCUACGGGGUCCCCAAGCAUCUCCCGGAGCAUCGGACUCACUGCGGCUUCAAGGAAGGGGUCGGGGGGCUGCCGGUGACCGGGCGGCCCCCCCGGGAGGGCAACCAGCGUGUGCCCGGCCGUCAGGAGUGCCAGCAGGCCCUGUCCCGCUGGUUUUGCAGCCAGGAGCCUCGACGGAGCUCCUCGGAAGAACGGCGUCACGCCAUGCCCCCCCGCUACCGCAGCGUGUCCCAGGACCGGUUGGGGGGCUCGGCGGUGGCCCCCCGGGGCUGGCCGCACAGCGCCUCGCACGACACCUUGCUGCAGCCCCCCCGUGAAGGUUGGGCCCCCCGUGCCCGCUCCGACCACUACCUGGGCAGGUACGGGCGCUCCAUGGAGGCUCUGGAGCCCAGCGCCCUGCUCUCCCCUCGCCUCGACCGCUCCGGGUGGCCACCGGAGAGGGUCUGCCGGGCCACCGUCACCGCUGCCGGGCAACCCAUCCCGCACAGCUCCUUCGUGCCAUCCUCCUCCUCCUCCUCCUCUUCCUCGCGGGAGCCGGUGCAGAAGCACCCCUCGCAGCCCAACCUGCAGAGCGUGGACGAUUCGGGCUACAUCGGCUACCGGAGCUAUAGCCCGUCCUUCCAGCGUCGCACGGGGCUACUGCACGCCCUCUCCUUCCGGGACCCCGCUUUUGGGGGCCUCCCCACCUUCAGCAUCUCGCAGCGACCGGCCGCCCCGCUCCCGGAGAGGGUGGUCACCACCAUCCCACCACCCACCGGUCCCCAACCGGUCCCCACGGCACCCAGGGACCAGCGGCCGGAGGGCAGCCGGGUGCCGGAGCAGCCGGAGGAGCGGAGGGAAGAGGUGGUUUUGAGGCAGAAGCCCCCCACGGGCCGCAAGAUGCCACCCCCCAUGCGGCAGAUGAACUUUGUCUUCCCCGAGGGGGUGAAGGAGACGGACAUUUGUGACCCCCCGUUGGCCAGUGGCAAAGGGGAGAGGCUGGGGGCCGAGCGGCAAGGCCGGCGCGUGGCUCCUUUGGCGGCCCCCGAGGACUCGCUGGCAUCCAUCCCCUUCAUCGAUGAACCCACCAGCCCCAGCAUCGACCUGAAAGCCAAGCACGUCCCCGCCUCCUCGGUGGUCUCCAGCGCCAUGAACUCUGCUCCUGCCGUGGCCACCAGCCCCUCCUCGCCCACCUUCGCCUUCGCCCUGAGCCGGCACUACUCCCAGGACUGCAGCAGCAUCAAGGCUGGGCGCCGCUCCUCCUACCUCCUGGCCAUCACCACCGAGCGCUCCAAGUCCUGCGACGACGGUCUGAACGCGUGGAGCUUCUUCACCGAUGGGUCUCUGGACAGCCUCGGCACCUCCGAAGACGCCCGCUCCAAAAGACACUCAACCUCCGACCUCUCGGACGUCCCGUUCAGCGCCGUGAGGAAGGAGGGCUGGCUCCACUGCAAGCAGAUCCUCACCAAAAAGGGGAAGAAGGUCGGUGGAGGCAUCCGGCAGUGGAAGCGCGUCUUCGCCGUGCUGCGCACCCACUCGCUGUACCUCUGCAAGGACAGGCGGGAGGCGGUGACCUGCGCCCCGGCCCCAGGUGAGGAGGAGCCGCCGAUCAGCAUCCGAGCGUGCCUGGUGGACAUCUCCUACAGCGAGACCAAGAGGAAGCACGUCUUCCGCCUGACGACCGCUGACUUCUGUGAAUAUCUCUUUCAGGCAGAGGAUCGGGAAGACAUGCUGGCCUGGAUCAAAGUCAUCAGGGAGAACAGCAAGGCCGAGGGCGAGGACCCCGGUUUUGCCAGCCAAGCGCUUAUCAACAAGAAGUUAAACGACUACAGGAAAGUGAGCCCCGCGGGCACCAAGCCCGAUUCCUCGCCCAAGGGCUCUCGAGGGCUGGGGAUCCGAGCCGAGUUCCUGAAGCAGACGGGAACCAGCGCGCCCCGGUCCCCCAGGCAGGACACGGCUGUCACCAAAGAUGAAAGCAGCUCCCAAAAAGCCCCGUGGGGCAUCAACAUCAUGAAGAAGAAUAAGAAAUCAGCCCCCCGCGCCUUUGGCGUGAGGCUGGAGGACUGCCAGCCCGCCCCGGACAACAAGAAUGUCCCCCUGAUCGUGGAAGCUUGCUGCAAGGUGGUGGAGGACCGAGGGCUGGAGUACAUGGGCAUCUACCGCGUGCCCGGGAACAAUGCGGUGGUGUCCAGCCUGCAGGAACAGCUCAACAAGGGAGCCACCGAGAUCAACCUGCAGGACGAGCGGUGGCAGGACCUGAAUGUCAUUAGCAGCCUGUUGAAGUCCUUCUUCCGAAAGCUGCCCGAGCCCCUCUUCACCGACGACAAGUACAAUGACUUCAUUGAGGCCAACCGCAUCGAGGACGCCAGCGAGAGGAUGAGGACGCUACGGAAGCUGAUCCGGGACCUGCCAGGUCACUACUACGAGACACUCAAGUUCCUGGUGGGUCACCUGAAGACCAUCGCUGACCACUCGGAGAAGAACAAGAUGGAGCCCCGAAACCUGGCGCUGGUGUUUGGCCCCACGCUGGUGCGGACGUCCGAGGACAACAUGACGGACAUGGUGACGCACAUGCCCGACCGCUACAAGAUCGUGGAGACCCUCAUCCAGCAUUCGGACUGGUUCUUCAGCGACAAGGAGGACAAGGGCGAGAAGACCCCCGUGGAUGAGAAGGAAGCUCAGUCCGUGCCCAACAUCGAGUACCUGCUCCCCAACAUCGGCAGGACCGCGGCGCCCGGCGAUGCCGCAGGUGAGGAGCAGGCCUGUCCCCAACCCCGGUGUCACCGUUUUCCUCAGGGCACGUGGCCGUCGCGGAAGGCGCCGCCGUCGCACCGGGAGCUCCUCGCCAUCCCCUUCGUCUCGGCCGCCGCCCGCAAGAGGAAGAAGAAGAGAGAGGCCGAAGGCGUCGGGAGCAGCAGCACCGACGACGACGCGGAGCGCAGGGACCGGGAGCAGGAGGACGUGGGGACCGUGGCCACCCUGCCAUCACCCGGCAAAGCCCUCCGUGGCACCGGCGGCGAGCUGGCGGCCCCCGGCCCGGCCGGGAUGGAGCGGGAGAGCUCCCUGGAGCCUGGGGGUGCUGGGCCCGAGCCGGCGCCGGACGCUCGCUCCAUCGUGUCGGGCUACUCCACCCUGUCCACUAUGGACCGCAGCCUCUGCUCCGAGGUGCAGUCGGUGGCCGGGAGCCGCGGGGAGGAGGCGGAUGACGAACGGAGCGAGCUCAGCCACAUGGAGACGGACACAGAGAGCAGGGAGGGAGCCAGGCCCCGACCGGGCCAAACGGACGGAGGGACCGGGGAUGAGGACAAGGGACUCUCCAGCCGUCCUUCCUUCAACUCCCACCGCCUCAUCCAGUGCGACACGCUGGCCCGCAGGAAGCUGGGGCGGCCCCGGGCUACCAGUGAGACCCCGGUGGCCAGCGAUGGUGGAGGUGGGGAGGACCAGCAGGGCUGGGUGCCCCCCGGGAGACCCUCACUGCGAGAGCAGCUCCGGCAGCGCCUGCGGGGCUCCACCGACGACAUGGGGGUGCGUCUGCGCCGAGCCCACUCCCCCGAAACCCGCCGCAAGAAGAGCAGUUGGCGUCGGCACACGGUGGUGGUGCCCGGUGGCCUCAAGGACCUCAACUUCAACGAGUGGAAGGAGCCCCGGGGGCUAGAGGUGGCCCCGGGACCCUGCCGGGGUGACAAAGACUCGGGGCUCAGCAGCCUAGAGUCCACCAAAGCCCGGCCACCGGUGGCCACCGCCCCGGCACAACCCGGCACUGCCGGUCGUUUGGUGCUCAGGAAGGGGAUGGGGGUCCAGGAGGGUGUCCCUUUAUGA